AACUAAAUAGCAACAAGGCUGGAUAAAUAGAAUCAGACCAAUCUGACCGUGACCGAUCAUUGAGGAGUCCCACCAUUAUGUCUCCGUUGGGCACCUUUCAUGAAAUCAUAGGUGUUCUGAUUGCAGUGCUCUUCAGCAAUAAGCAUCGAUAGAUAUAAAAUCAGUGCCGAUCCUCUUAUAUGCGUAGCCUUCCUCACCCCCUCCACCUUUUGGAGGCACAUCGCAUAAGGAAAAAAAGAGAAAAGGAAGAAAAAGAAAAAGCAGCAUUGAUUACGGUAUCAUAGGACACCAUCUCAACGCACCCGCUCGCAAAUGUUGCUCUCAUCACUACGAAACUGGGCACCGUUUCGUAUAGAUGCAUUGGGCCUGGUCACAAUGCUAGGCGCGGACGCGCUUAACCUGACCCUUGGUCGUCUCGUGUACAGCCGUUUUGCUGAGUUUCUGCCCUUACUGGGGGCAUUUUUGAUUGCAAAUAACGAUAUCACGAAACCAAUUCCCGGAUUUGUCGCAUAUAAUAUCACCGACGGCAUUAUGGCAACGGAUGUGACAGGCUGGUUUUCCAGGUGGCUCCUGUGUCAGGAGUUCAAGCCCUGUUCCACUAUACUUUGCAUUUCGAUCCGAGAGACUGAAAGGCUUACCCUACGCCAUACUGCUAGUUUUAUUAUUGGGAUUACUUGUAUGACACCAAUCAUUGUUCUUCCAAUCGUCAUGGGUGACUGGUGGGGUUUUGUCAACGCAUUAAGCAUGCUUUUAUCCAUCCUUGUGAGAAAGGUCAUCAUGGAUCAAAAUCGUCACGCCAUAAGCACGGCGGCAAGACAGGCAUUUGACACCUCGAAAGAUGUGGUGAAAACGUUCUGGACGCUCCCUACCGGGACUGUGAUCACAAUCUAUACCCCACGUCGGAUUCUUACAGAUGUUCUGUUGACGAACCCCCGGCCGCAUCGGCUUCGACUCUAUAAUGCUGCGAGGGCACUUGGCUGGGUAGCAUUCGGGUGCCAUAUUAUUUCUUUGGGCAUGACCACACUCUUCAACCAGAUCAUUAGCGUGGCUCUCCUUCUCCUAGCGACAGUCAUGGUGGUAUACCGCUUCGGUGAGCGUGAAUAUCUAAUUGGAAAUGAUAUAGUCAUCUGCCGCUGUGAUGCAAAAGGGGAACGCUUUCGUGCAGCAACAUAUGCCCGACUGGAUCUGUCUGGAAAAGAAGAGGAGUCAAUGGUAUUAUGGAAUCUAUUUCCUCACAAAACCAACACGGAAUGGUGGAGCAAAUAUCGCGACUGUGUUCGUCAGGGCAAUAGUGGCUUUACGUCCUGGGAUGAGAAACUCGCAGGCUACUAUGAUGAGAAGGUGGUUUGAGCCAUCGAACAAAUAAGAUUAUCAAUAAACCUUGGCACCGCCCAGUCUGCUGGGUUUUGAUAUCUGCAGUAUAUAAGGAUUAGCCGGCGGAGUGACCUCAGGAUACCUCAGAUACCAGGGGGCCAUGUGACAUUUCGCGAGAUUCCGUGGGCGUUGAUACCUACCUAUAGAUAGGCAUAUAAUCGGCAGGCUCCAUGAGUGGAAGUAAAAAGAAAGAGAUCUAAGACUAUCUAUAAAUAAGCUGCAGGGGCGUGGGAUAAG